AUGACCAAAUGACUGACAUCUGUUCAAGAGAGAACUCUAAUCCUGCAGCAGAAGUGUUUCAGUGUUGAUCAUGUCUCUGCACUGGUUAAUGUUUUUUCUUGCCUCAAUGGGGUUGGUGUCUGAUGCUGAUCACUGCAACAACACAGAGUAUGAUACAGUUAAAUAUAAACUAUUCACACAUCUCGGCUUGGACAAGAAUGACUAUCAGAUUACCAGAAUGUGGCCCUUGAUAUUCUUGCCCCAUCUUGCCAUAAUUUAUGUGGACCUGUAUGUGACCUCCAUCAUAGAAGUGAAUGAAAAAGACCAGAGCCUCACGACACAAGUCAAAAUUAUAACUGCCUGGCCAAAUUCAAAUAUGCAGUGGAAUAAAUCAUUGUUUUGUGAAAUGGAGACAUGUGUAGCCCCUAAAAAUCUGUUUUGGACUCCAGACAUUGGUAUAAUAGAAAGCAUCAAGACAGAUUUUGGAACAAAGGAGUCUCCUUAUGUGAGGUUAAUCCAUAUUGGCAUUAUAGCCUCAUCUGACAUUUUAGCUCUGACCACGGCUUGUAGGAUGGAUCUCUACAGGUUUCCGUUCGACAGCCACACAUGCAAUAUAACACUGCAAUCUACAGCACAUUCAAGUCAGGAGAUUACAAUUGAUAAAUUCAGUGGUGCAACAUGGGUGACCAUUGAGUCAAAGAAGACCUUUCACACCCAGGGAGAGUGGGAGCUCAUCAGUAUAAAUGUGACUAAAUCUGUUGCCAAGAUUAUUGGGCUGAUAGAAAUGGAUCAACUAAUAUAUCAGGUAAACUGCUGA